AUGGUCUCGCCGGCCACGUUCCAGUAUAAUCAACCAAUCGAGGAUUCCUUGACAAAGGACAAAGGGCUGAAGCCCCUUCGGCCGCCGCCACUGAACCUCAAAAUUGAAAAGACAUUCCAAUCGUCAAGGAUUAAAGCUGUCCGGGGCAGCAUAUCCGGCGCCGACGAAGGCACAGAGGUGCCAUUAAUGAUUGAGCUAGCGGGUCACAGGCCCACUGCAUCUGACACUUCUAGAGGCAAGCCUUACGAGUGGAUCGACAUGGAUGUAUCUAAGACCCGACCGUGGGACGGCGACGCGGACAAUCGUCCUGUCUCCCCACCCCGGUCCCUACGCACUAUUAUUGACCUGGACUCCCCACUGGGCUCCGACGAUGAAUCUGACAUCUCUCCCAUUUCCGACGAGCGACCCGCAGAUCACUCUAGUAAGGUGUUGGCUCGCUUUUUCCCCGAACUCCAGAGUAGCUUCGCCGUGAUGGCCCCCGAAGGCCUGGAUACGACUUCGAAGCCGAAGCCGAGGACAGGCCGCUCACGGGUUGAGAAUGAGAUUCAGGCGCGGGUUCAGAGCCUUUAUCACAACUCGGGUGACAACCUUGGCCAGGCUCUGGGUUCCGGCACGCACCAAGAUGAGAGCUAUUUAAAUACCCCAGGAUCUUCAGAUUAUAGUCGACAGACUUCCAUGGCAAGUUUUGGUUUCGAUGAUGGGUUUCAAAGAACAAACAGAUAUAGAGUGACUACGGAUUCCUCAAAUUAUUCGCCAGUUCGAGCCGGGGUUUUCGAUGAAACCCCCAGAGCGUCGAAAAGAUUGAGCAUGACCGGAGCCAGACCAACGCCGACCAGAUUCAAUUCUUCUGCCUCGAAGAUGCCAAACUUCCGAGAUAUGAGGAACAAGCCUCUACCCCUCGCCCCCCUCGUUGAACCGAGUUCAAACAAUUCACAUCCCGACCAUCAACAAGCGUCAGAUCCCCACCGCCAUUCUACACCAGACUGCACAGACUGCACGACCCAGCACCCAAAUUUACCCCACUCGGCAUACUCAAGUCGCAGCCACCAGCCCCAACGAUGCCAUACGUGUGGACACAGGGAGAAUCGUCAUCUUCGAGGGGGCUCCAACUCGCCGGAGAACCGCAGAAAUUCCCGGCACCAAAGACAUCUAUCAACCUGGCAACAAGCAGCAGACGAGAUGGAAAUAGAAUUGAGUCUGGAUGGUACGAAAAGGCGGUUGGUGUUGGAGGGCCCACUCCAGAUCAGUCGUAAUAAUGGCGACUUGGUAGCGGCGCGGCCCGCACCCUUGCCUCCAUCCCUGAAACCUUACUCGGAAUCAAACCAGAGCUUGCCAUUGAGAACAAACACCAGAACAGGUAGCGUCAGUUCUCGGAAGGAUAAUUCCGGGUCAAGGAAAAAGAGUCACAAAUACAGCCGAUCGAAAGAUUCCAUUGAAUCCAACAAGGGCAAGACUCCUAAGGCCAAGGAUGAGCCCAAGAGCCGUUGGGGCGGGAAUUCCAAGUCCAACGAGGGCACAAAAGGUGAUCUUUCUAAAUUGAAAAAAUCAUUUUCAAUCUCCAGGGCAACAUUCACCCGCAAGCAAAACCCUACCCGGUCGGACCAACACCGCUUGAGCACAUUGAGCUCACGGUCGGAAACUUCGGUGGUGGACCCACAGGCCGAUCUUCCCAGCUCGAACGACAAAACACGCUUGUCGCGUCACCUUUCUCAGUCGGAUCCCAGCUUGGAAAAGGUUGUGAUUGAGGACGACCCACUGUGUCAUAAGCGGGACGACCUCCUACUUCAAUUACCGCGUCUGCAAACCGACAACUUCGGUUUCAAGACCCUGCUCGACCAGUUUGCGCCUGACCCACAAGCUGCCACGGCCAACCCCGCAAAUACCAAAUCAUCCUCUCUGCAGACUGACAGCUUGGGCUUCACCAGUGUUUUUGAACAACUCGCCCCCGCACAACGGUCUGCCUUGGCCAUUCCGGUCCAGUCCCCUUACUUGGAUGAGACCAGAGAUGCCAAAGAGGUCUGUCCUUCAUUUACCUUUCGCCGGCCGAUAAGAGAUGAGAAAAUGGUCGUCACGACCAAUAGGAUGCGCCAAUCUGCUUUCAUCUCCACUUCCAAAGCUAGCACCAGCAGUGUGUAUUUCCCGCCCGAACAGGUGUAUGAACUUGCUGCAGGACCAACAUCCCCUGAAUCGAUCAUGAUGUCGCAAAAAUCUGCGACCGCGGUGCAUUUCAAGGCCAAUUUCCCUUCGGCUGGUCUUGAAGACUCGAUUGUUCAGAUGAUCAUGGAAAGGAUCAAUUCGCUCGAUGAUCUUUUCAACUUCGUUUUGGUGAACAAGCGCUUUUACCGCGUAUUCAAACGUCGCGAGCUGCCGAUAAUCAAAAGCGCACUAUAUCAGAUGUCACGACCCGCAUGGGAGCUGCGAGAAAUGAGUCCUCCCUGGACCACUGAGUGGCAACUCACCUUGGACCCGGACUCCCAGGUACCCGAGUACACCCCAUCGCUUUAUCUGGAUCGAUAUGCUCAAGAUAUUUAUACUUUGGCGCAACUAAAAUCUAUGAUUCUUAUGCGCUGCGCCCCUUUUAUGCGUCGCGAUACCGUGCGUGGCUUGGCUGGAUUGGAUGACCAGCGUGCCGAGGAGGUUGAUAAUGCAUUUUGGCGAAUUUGGACAUUCUGCCGCAUCUUUGGUAGCGGAAAGGGUCGUGAAAAUGAUCUGGAAGGCCAAGUAGAUUGGCUUAGGGGAGGACCAAAGGCUCGGACAAGCCAAGGUUCAUCAUCGUCCAUGACUGAGCCUUUCGGUAUUAAUAAUGUUUUGUUCGAACCACCUGAGGGAUUCGCCCAUGGGAACUACAGUGGUCUCUCACCAACGGAGCUGUACGAUAUGACUGAGAUUUGGACUUGUCUUGGAGUUCUUGUGCAACCCUUGCAUGCCAAGUGUAUUGAAGCUCGCAACGUCGGUAUUUUUAAAGGUAUCGACGUGCCGGAGGAUGAUCAUAUUCGCGAGGAGACCGUUCUUGAGGAGUGGACAUCCUAUGUGCUCACCCUUGGCUUGUCAGCAGUCCUGAUGGUCAGCUCACUCAACCCCACAGAAACCACAGCCAUCACCUUCGAACGUGCGAACGCGGUCGGUCUUACCAAGUGGGACUUGACAGAAGGUCAGACCACCCGGUCAUCAUUCAUGAAGGAAGCAGUAUCCCGCGUUUAUGAAGAUCGAGAGCGAUACUCCUUCUGUCUUCCAUCUGGUUCUGCCGACAGCCCAUGCGAACUACCAUCAAAUGAAGUGACAACCCGCGGAGAAGAUAGCGAGCGCCGACAAGUGUUUUCACAAGAAAUCCGAGUCCAGCGUCGCGAGGGCAGACAUCAAUCAAAUGGGGGUGACUCCUUUGCAACGGAGCGACCCAUGUCUACAUACAGCACGAUCCUACACAGUCUCGGAGGUAGCCUCAGAAGAAUUGUCCACGAAUCUCCCCCUGUACCACCAGUUCCCCCUCUCACAUUCGAUCGGUCAUCCACAUCAACCGGAAGCAGAAGCCCACCUCCCCCCGGAACACCCAACUACGCUCCAGGAACCCCCCAGCAUGCGCCGGGCACACCGACCCAAUCAUCAAAUGGCCCGAAUUAUAUGAUGGGUCCAUCACACCAAGUAUCCGCCCCCGACCUUAAGACACCUCACAUCCGAAGCCCCCCACUCUCAGGCUCAUUUAUAUCAGCACCUCUGCAACCCCAAGUCCAAGACCCCGUCGACCGAGCAAUCUCCCGAAUGGUGAAUGAGCUCGGUUUCUUCGAAGAUGACGUGAAGUGGGCUUUGAAAAUCACCGACACUGGUGAAGGACUCAAUGUCCAGGCUGCUGAGCAGCUUCUUCAACAACAGAAGAAGGCUGGGCGCAACCCCUUCGUGCCUCGUGGACGGAAUGCCAAUGGGAAAAACCCUUUGCUCAUGUCUGUUAUGAAGCAACAAGGAACCCAGGACUCGGGUUGGCGAUGGGCCUAG